UCCUGCGGCCAGAUCCACGCAUCACUCCGCACUCGAGGUGCCAAACUGCGGCUGUGAUACAACUCCGGGUCGGUGGAAGUGUGGAAGCUUGACAGUUUCUUAAAAAGGGGGGACUCUGGUGAUUUAGACGCCCCCUUCAUCCACUUCUUUCUGGGGAUUUUUUUGUGUCCUGCCUCUUGCUUCUUGCAGUUGUGUGACUUUGGCUUUGAGAGAGAUUUACAGUAUAAGCCGUUUUCCGGACCAUGUCUUUCCCUCAGCUGGGAUACCCCCAGUUUCUCAGUGCCUCCCAUGAGAUGUACGAGCGGCCAGCCUCUGCCCGGGAAGGAGGCACUGAAGGCGGCUUGAGCUCAUCCGCAACCGCCGCGGCUGUCGGCUCCAUGCUGGGGAUGUACGGAAGUCCAUGGGCGGCUCACAACUACAGUGCCUUCCUGCCGUACAGCGGAGCCUCAGACCUCGCCCUCAUAUCCCAGAUGGGCUCCCAGUAUGAGCUGAAGGACAGCCAGGGCUCCCACCCGGCCUCUCUACCUGUCCACGCCGCUCAGGGCUUCUACCCAUACGGCCAAUACCCGUACGGGGACCCGUCGAGGGCCAAGACGGCCACCAGGGAGACCACCAGCACCCUGAAGGCCUGGCUGGGGGAGCACCAGAAGAACCCCUACCCCACAAAGGGAGAGAAGAUAAUGCUCGCCAUCAUCACCCGGAUGACACUCACACAGGUAUCGACGUGGUUCGCUAACGCCCGCAGACGCCUGAAGAAGGAGAACAAGGUGACCUGGGGCCGCAGCGCAGAGGACAGGGACGGCCGCAUCUUCAGCAGCGACAACGAGGACGAUAUCGGAAAGAACGGCAGCGACGACGAAGACGAAGAGGAAGAGAUUGAUUUGGAAACUGUCGACAUCGAGAGACCCGAGGUGGAGCAGGGGAAGGGAGGAGAGGGGAAGGGAGGAGAGGGAGAGGAACAGGGGGAGGCGGGCCUGGCCGACAGAGAGCUGCAGGCCUCAGAGCCGAAGAGCUCCGAGAGCAGCAGGACGCUUUCAGUGGACGCGGACAUUUCUCUCAACAGAUCGCCUGUUGUCAAAGUUGUGGAUCGUUCUCCCAGCAGACAGGAGUGCCAGAGACCCCCGCAGAGCAAACCCAAAAUAUGGUCCCUGGCUGAGACCGCCACGGCCCCGGACAGCUCUCACAGACCUUCCACCCAUGCGCACCACCCGGCUUUGGCCUCCCCCGGACACCCGGCCUUACUCCCGGGUCAUGGGAUUUACACAUGCCAGAUUGGCAAACUUCACAACUGGGCCAACGCAGCUUUUCUGAACGCCAACUCUAUUUUGAACAUGAGGUCGCUCCUCGGAGGUUCGCCGGCCGGACACCUACCUCUCCACGGAGCGGUUCCCGUUGCGCGUCAUGACACACGGCCUGCUGCGGCGACGGGGCCCGGAACUUCGGGGACGGAAGAGGACAGUGAUGUGGAGUCGUCGGGGAGCUUCAGUCCAAAAAUAGAUGAGAGUGACCACAGGCCCGAUUCUCUGAAGUCCCCUUUCCAGCUGAUCACUGACAGACCUCACCAUGGGACAGCACAGCAGCGAGUUCUGACGACGACAUUAUGAGAAGAUAAAGAAAGAAAAGAAAGGAAUAAUUUUAUUUAACGGAGAACAGUUUAAAUGAAGGCUAUUUUUUGAACAGUGCGACCUGUUAUAGUAUUACUGUUUAGCUUCGACUUGCAAAAAGAGAUGGUUGUUUUUUUUGUCACAGAUUUGCUUGUAUCUCUCUCUUCUGUCUGUCUUCGCCUCUUCUGUUGUGAAUGGAAACCUUGAAAUAUUGUAAAUACAGGAUAUGAAUUUGUCUUUAAAGAAUAUAUUUUUUGGGAACUAAAUAAAUGUCAUUAUAGUCAUUUUA